AUGUCUGGGGCCCAUAUCGACUGGUUGCUGCAACGGAAUGCUGUGCUUGUCUUGGACCACACUAUUCGGGAUGCAUCAUAUAGGAUGAAAUACUUUCCACCCAUCUGGAUCAACGUUGCAAAUAGCGAGGAUCCGGAGAAGGUUUCAAAGAGCUACUGGCAGCAAGUUUCCUUGGAUAUGUGA